AUGACACAAACAGCUACGAAAAAAGCCUUGGUGACGCGGGAAUUGAAAGCAUCAUGGGAGUUCAAGCAGACUGAUCUGGACGAUUGGAUGCCAGUGAAGACUGUACCUACCAACGUGCAUCUCGACCUGAUUGCAAACAAUGUCAUUCCGGAUCCUUUUCUCGGCUUCAAUGAGCUCAAGUGCGAAUGGGUCGCCGACAAAAGUUGGACUUACAGAACAACGCUUCCAGACGUCGGAGCUGCCAAAGAUGGUCAGGUUCAUGAGCUUGUCUUUGACGGCUUGGAUACCUUUGCGACAGUAAAAGUCAAUGGAGAAGUCGUGCUAGAAAGCGACAAUAUGUUCAUUCCCCACCGUGUCGAUGUCACUGAAGCACUCAAAGAUGCUGAAUCGAAUGUGCUGGAGAUUGACUUCCGCUCAGCUCUGGUGGAAGGUCGCAAGAUUAAGAAUACCCAUCCUGAGCACAAGUGGGUCGGCUUCAAUGCGGACAUGGCUAGACUGGCUACAAGAAAGGCUCAGUAUCAUUGGGGCUGGGACUGGGGUCCAGUGCUGAUGACUUGCGGCCCAUGGAGGGCGGUCAGACUCGAAACCUCGUGUGCUCGUAUUUCCGACUUGAGAGUCGACUAUGAUCUCAACAAAUCUCUGGACGAUGUCAUUGUUCGUGUCUCGGUCAAUACAGAGCGCUCCAAUGGAGCCGAUGCCAGAAUAUCAAUUCUUGACGGCAGUGAUAUUAUCUUUGAGAAGACCGUAGCAAUCGACAGCAAAGGUCUAGCGAAGGCAGACUUUCACAUCGCUCAUCCCAAGCUAUGGUAUCCGCACGGGUACGGCGAGCAGCCACUGUACACUUGCGAGGCUGUACUUGUUAUCAAAGGACAGGACAUCCAGACCUGCAGUAGAAAGACCGGUUUCCGUCGCGGUGAAUUGAUACAAGAACCAGACGAAGUUGGCAAGACCUUCUUCUUCAGAAUCAACGGAGUCGAUGUUUUCUGUGGCGGGUCUUGCUGGAUCCCAGCUGACAGCUUCACACCUCGAGUUACGAAAGAGAAGUACCAGUCAUGGCUUCAGACUCUGGUUGAUGGCUAUCAAGUUAUGAUCAGAAUUUGGGGCGGAGGUAUCUGGGAGGAGGAUAUCUUCUAUGACACCUGUGAUGAGCUCGGCAUUCUAGUCUGGCAGGACUUCAUGUUCGGCUGUGGCAAUUACCCAGCCGCUAUCAAGGAAUUCAGAGAGUCUGUCGAAGCCGAAUGUGUCGCUCAAGUCAAACGCAUCCGUCAUCAUCCUUCGAUUGUUAUUUAUGCUGGCAACAACGAGGACUACCAAGUACAGGAACAGUGUGGUCUGACAUACAACUACGACGACAAAGAUCCUGAGAACUGGCUGAAGACCGACUUCCCUGCCAGGUAUCUCUACGAGAAGACUCUACCAGAGGUCAUCGCAGCCCACUCACCACACGUACCAUACCACCCUGGUUCGCCUUGGGGCGAUGGUCUCAUAUCGUCUGAUCAGACUGUCGGAGACAUGCACCAAUGGAAUGUAUGGCAUGGCACACAAGAGAAAUACCAGAUCUUCGAUACUCUCGGUGGCCGAUUCAACAGCGAAUUCGGCAUGGAAGCAUUCCCACAUAUCGACACCAUCAAGUACUAUGUCACCGAUCCUGCCGAGCUGUACCCUCAAUCGCAUAUGAUCGACUUCCACAACAAGGCGGAUGGACACGAGAGAAGAAUCGCAACAUAUCUGAUUGAAAACUUCCGGACCACAGAUACCAGUCUAGAAGCAUACAUUCAUCUGACACAGCUCAGUCAGUCGGACGCACUUAUGUAUGGUUACCGCGGUUGGCGACAACAGUGGGGAAAGAAGCGACUCUGCGGUGGUGCUCUUGUAUGGCAACUCAAUGACUGCUGGCCGGUCACAUCAUGGGCCAUUAUUGACUAUUUUCAACGCAAGAAGCCUGCAUACUACGCCAUGCGAAGAGUGCUAGCUCCGAUUGCGGUUGCAGUAAAGCGCGCACAUCACGACUGGAGUGUCGUUCACGCACGCCCUGCAAAGACGAGCUCCUUCGAAUGUUGGGUAUCUAGCAAUAGCACGAAGGAAGUCACUGCCACAAAAGUUGAACUCAAAUUCAUUUCCAUCGCUACUGGCAAGGAGAUCAAAGAGGCUCUGGUCAAGAAGGACGUCAAGAUCACCGCGAAUGGUACGACCAACGUCUUCGAUGGUGAGCUGAACAACGAGAAGGAGGAGCCGCAUGUCCUUGCAGCGAGGAUCUGGAUUGAGGGCGAAAGCGACGUCAUCUCACGCGACGUGGACUGGCCUCAACCGCUCAAGUAUCUGAACAUGGACGAACGAGGUGUCAAGGUGACCUUCGACGACGGAAAAAUCACAGUGACAUCAGCGAAGCCCACAAAAGGCCUGGUGUUCGAGGAACGUGAGGGCGUCUUGGUUAAUGAUAGUGCCAUCGAUAUCGUGCCGGGAGAUCAACAGACUAUUACAGUCAAGGGGUUGAAGCCGGGUGAUGCGCCCUUGAAGUGGCGUUAUUAUGGACAGUAA